CUCGCCACGGCCACGGCCACUAUCACUUGGCCGUUCGGAGCUGCGGGGCGCACGGGGACAAGACACGCCCGCAGUUGAUGUUUUGACUCUCCUAUCUGGACUCCAUCUAAGACUGGUCCCGAAGCCUGUGGUCACUACAGACGUGGGCUUCAGAGGGCCCACCCAUGCGCGCUGGACCUCAACAUCUUCGGUGGAAACUAAGGGUUUCCGGCCUGGCCUGUUGCUGCCAACUUGAAGGUUCUCUGAGAGGCGGGGCUGGGAGAGGGGUCCGGGGAGCUUGGAGAAGCGUCCUCAGUUGCCAUGGAAGCGAGGCCCAGUGCAUGCCCUAGCCAUGGAAAGAAGCCCUGUGAAAUUUGUCCCCAGGGAUUAUUAGUAUUCAGUGGCUCCUCAGAAAAGGACACCAGCUUGGCCAAGCAGUUUUGGAUCUCGGCGUCAAUGUAUCCUCCUAACGAAUCCCAGUUGGUGCUGUCGGGCUGCAGCAGUCAGCGUCUGCCGGUGGCCGGGUCCUCUAAGAGCAGCGCCACUGAGAAAAGUUACUUGCAGUCUCUUUCCCUUGAGAAAAACAAGGGAACGGAUGCCAUUGCUGAAACCCUAAAGAUGGAGGAGAAAAAAAAGUAUCUGGAAAAGGCUAAAAGGAGAGAUGAGAUUCUCCAACUCUUAAGGAAGCAAAGAGAAGAAAGGAUCUCGAAAGAACUGGUCUCCCUUCCUUAUAAACCAAAGAGCAAAGUCUACAAAGCAAAGAAAGUGAUUCCAGAGUCCAAUAAGGAAGAUCAAGAAGAAGUCAAAGCCUUGAACUAAAUUGAUUGACACGUCAUAGAGGAUGGCUCACUUAGAUCUUCACUUUUGAAACAACCUAGUCCUACAUUGGGAUCAUUCGUUAAAAUAGGCAAAGAAAUAAAAGUUAAGUAUGCAGA